UUGUCGAUUUCAAGAGAUACCGGAACUUCUGCUCCACGACGGUUUGACUGGUCGACCGUUCACGUGUCACCUUGGCAACAGUGGCAUUACGGUGGUAUAUAGGUGGCGGUACUCUCUUGCUUUUCACAGAUUGACUUUGACAUCAAAAUGGUUGAAUGAUUUCUCCACGAAAAAAAUAUUCCACGACACAUAAUACAUCAGAAUAUGGCACCAAAGGAACUGAAAUCCACGGAUCAGUCCUCCCACAAAGUGAUUGAGAAGCGUAGGAGGGAUAGGAUCAACGCUUGUCUGUCGGAACUCAGCCAAACUGUGCCAGCCGCCUUCUCCAAACAGAAUGCUGGCAAACUAGAAAAAGCCGAGAUUCUAGAAAUGACUGUUGAAUAUCUGCGGGCGGUCCAGACGACAGAUAUAGGCACUCGAUUCGACCAUGGUGAAUGGUACAGCUCCGAUGUUUGGGCUGACUUUGUACACCAUUAUCAGGCCGGGUAUGACGACUGUGUUCGUGAAAUCGUCCGCUACAUGACAGACGUUGAGGGUCUGCAGGCCAGUGACGAGCGAUGCAUGCGCAUAAUAUCGUACCUCCAGACACGCUUCCGCGCAGAUGCGUCUGUCAGCGGAGGGUCUGCAUAUCGUGACGUAUUACAACGACUGACGUCAUUGGCCAAGUCACGCGCGCCGCUUCCAGCGGAUAGACCGUACAGAUAUGCUCCAUACAUGUUACCGACAAGAGACGUCACAAAAACAGCACAUGGAUUAUUGGCAAACAUAUUCAGUGGCAGUUUGACAGAUGACAACAAUGGCCGAAAUGUAGUAACAGCAGACUUUCAUAAUGCGCCGACUCGCCUGUCCUCUCCUGUUCUUACCGGGUCAUCCGGGCCUGAAGGCAGGAACCACGUUAGCUUACCGUAUUUCAGAGAAAAAUGAACCCAAUGUUGUCAUGUUAUAUAUAAAUACCAGUAUACAUUGUAUGUUCUUUGCAUAAGCUUAUUUUGCAAAAGAAAAUAUUGUUUUCUCCUUUUCUUUUCGUUAAUGACUUUAGUGAUUUUCAUCGUCUAUCUGAAAUGAUGAUUGUUUCCAAUAAUAGAAAUAUUGCAUACUGACAUCAGGUUAUCUUACUGUGGAACGGAUGGUUCUGGUAUCACAAUAUUGGCAAAAUACCGGUAGGUCAAGUAUUAUCUUUAGAACUUUUAGAUUUGUUUUGAUCUAAAUAAGUGAAACGCAUCUGAAAUAUUUUUGGAUAUCUGAGCAUAUAUAUACAUUAUAAUAAUGAAAUUAUGAGUUCCGUUCAGCAUCCGUAUACCGCGAUGUAAAUUGUGUUUCAAAUCUAGUCAUUGAUAUUUAGAUUAGGAGCAUGGCGUAGUCUUUCGCCUAAUUAUGAUUUAACUCAUACCACCGACUCAUGCUAUAUUAAAAUAUUUCCCUCUCUUCUUGACUGGAAAACAUAGUGUCACAAUAAUAUAUUUUAAUGCACAAGUUUACUGUUUUGUUUAUGUAGUUUUUUGAAGAAAUGAUAAAAUAUUUAUAAAUGCUGCAUAUCAAUGUCUAAAUCAUUGAACGAACAAGUGUUACUUAUCGUCGAUGUUUAAG